AUGGAAUUCAAUUGCAAUAUUGAAAGGAAAAAUUAUAAAUUAAAUGUGAAUGAUAGAUCGUUGUAAAUUAACAAUGACUCAGUUUCAUUAACAUAUGAUCUUUCUUUGAAGACUCAUAUAACUUGGUUAUUUCGUGAAAAUGAAAUUAAUGGGUUUAUAUUAGACAACAUCAUAGUUGAAGGAAAUACUUCAAAUAUGAAGAUGCUAAAAUCAUUUCUAGGAGGAAAAAUUACUUUUACAGGGAUUUAAAUCUUUUACUCCUAUUUUGGUACGAUGAACUUUAAUAAAUAAAAGGCAACCAAAGUAUUUUAUAUUAAUUAAAAAGGUUUGUACUUUGAUCAACGCACAAACAAAAUAAAAAUUCUCCUGUAAAUGCUUUAAGAAAAGUAUACUAGGAAUCUAAAAAAUACAUAAAGAGAUUGAAAUAAUAAAAAAAGCUUCUAUUCAUGGAUUAGCACCUAGAAUUUAUGAAUGUUUUGAAUCAACGAAUUGUGUAUAUUUAAUUAUGGAAAAUCUAGAAAGAUUCGAAGAUUAGGAGUUUAUGGAAGAUGAUAUUAGGUUAUUUCUUUAUGUAAUUAACUUUUGUAAUUUUAGAAUUUAAUUUAAACCAUAAUAUUACUCCAUAAGGAAAAUAUUGUUCAUAAGAAUAUCAAAAGAUCACACAUUUUGUUCAAUAAUGAAAAUAAGAUAAAAUUAGUUGGAUUUGGAUAAGCUAAUAACAUUAAUAUUCAAAAUAAUGAGUUUAGACUGGAUAUUUUUAAAAUAGGCAUUAUUAUGUAUAAAUUGUAAAUAUUAAUUUUUUAAUAUAGCUACUAAAAAUAGAAUUCCCAAAAUGAUUAACUAUCUAUCAUAAAGAGUGAGACAAAUUCACUAUUAUAAUCUCUGUUAGAUUAGCAAAAUGAUUCAACAUUUUAAUUUAGUCAAUUGUUGAAUCAUCCUUACUUUAAAUUGUUAAAAAAUGAAGGAAUAUCAUUAUGUAUAUUUUGUUUUUAUAUUUAUAGAAAUAUAAUGUAUGUAACCUAAAUUUAAGUCUCACAUUUACUAAGAGGAAGAAUUUGAACCGUAAUCAUGA